AAUACCUUAGUUAAUGUAGUAACUUAAAUAUUACAUCAGUCAUUACAAUAAAUAAAAAUUUUGUUUUUUGAACAUUGAAUGGACUUGUUCAUUUAUAUUUUAAAUGAUUUCAAAUCAUUUUCCUGAUUAAAUGAAUGAGCAUUUAAAUCAAAUCAUUUAUAAACUUAACUAUGCACUAAGUACCGAAGCGAUCUGAAUUGCCAAGAAUUCUACAAUUUGUAAUCAAAUCUGGCAAUAAAAUUUAGCGCUAAGUUUGUUUUUUGUUUUAUAAUUAUGUGUAAAGGAAAUCAUGGAAUACAAUUCUGCAUUCCUUGAGUAAUCGUUUAGCUAGAAUUUGAACAGAUAAAUUAUUAUGUUUGUAGUUUACACAUCCUUUAAGAGCAUUAAAACGGUACAGAAAUUCUAUUAUGAUGUGAUCUGAGAUUUCAGGAGUUGUAUCAUGACUGAAGACCUUCCACGCCAUUUCCCAUUUUCAACUUUCAGGACAAAGCAAAAUGUGUCGAAAAGUAAGCUUGGUGGAGAGUUUGCCAGGAAAGGUUGGAAUGAUUUCUCCACUGGUUUCUUAAAAAAGGCUUCAUUUCAGGUUGGACAAAUGCUUUUUACAAAAGAAGGAUUAAUUCAAAAGAAACCUAUAAGUGAUCUAAAAAUACUCAAGAAGCAAGAUUUUGUCAAAGAGUAUAAAAUAAGAAAAAGGAAGCCCAGCAUUGAACAUAAAGAAGUAGAUUAUUUCACCUCUGAAGCCAUAGAUUUUUGCAAUUUGAUCCAGAAAAAAUCUCUGCAAUCAGAAAAUCAAAAAGAUCUGAUAACUGACAGUUUGAACAUGUGCCAAAAUUCUUUAUUUCUUGAAUUGCAGAACAUUCAGGAUUCGUUCCAAGACCGUAAAUUAACACAUCAGCCAAAGUUGCAUGUUAAAUCUUCGUUUGAAUGUAACACAAACUUCAUCAGUGGUCUUGCUGCUAAGAAAACUGAAGAACAAGAAAAUGUCCCUAAAAAGAAUCAAGUGACUGCAUGCCAGUUUAUCUUUCAAGAAAAUGACUUUUCCCAUUCAGUACCUGUUAGAAAGAUUAAAAAAACAAAUAUUGUUUCUGAUCUCUAUCCUUUUAUUGGGAAAAAAGAUGCUACUGUGAUCGACAGUUCAUCCAAACCAAUUACAAACUCUAAUUUGAUACAUUCAUAUCCAAGAAAGAAUCAUCAGAUCAGAAAUGAUGUGUAUUUCCUAAGAGAUACUAGAAAAUUGUUUUUACCGGACCAGAAUCGAAAUAAAAAUGCAUCUUUUAAUCUAUCUGCAUUUCUUUUGGAUGAAUCUUCUAAAAACAAAGGCAGCAGCUGGCUUCAGUCUCUGCAGACUUCUGAUGCCGAAGUUGCUCUAGAAGAUGCUGCUGGAAAGAAAAGAAUUCGAAAUAUUUUACCAGGAGGAUUUGCUGAGCAGAUGCUAAAGUUGCAAAGAAUGGAAAAAUCAGAAGAAGUAAUUUGGGACCAUAAUGCAUCUAUGAAGAAAAAAACUGCAGGAAAAUCAUUGUCCUUGAAGUUAACAUCUGUUUCAAGUUCUUCAGACAUAGUUAUUGCUAAUUGCUUAUCUUUUCAAACUGAAACAUCCAAGUGUCACAUAGACAAAGAGUUGGGUGAAGUUCCUGCUGAGUUCAAGCAAUCUGAAAGAGUUGUUGUGCUUCUGAAAGAAAAUAUUUUUAAUAAAUUGCACUUGAAAAUUCAAAGUGUUUUUCAUCUUUAUCCUCCAUGGCAAGCAUUGUACCUUCCACAGGUAUCUUGUUCACUUAUUCUCUCUGCCAAAUUCAUUGAUUUGAAUUCCAUUGAAGAUAAUCUGAUACAAGACAAAAUUUCAUACAAUCAUCCAAGAUUGUUACCAAUGUCUUCAUCCUCAACAAUAACCUCCUAUCAAGCCUCCAACUGUUUUGAUGAAAAUUUUUACCAUUGGAAGCAGCCUAAAUCAUUGUGUGCCAGAAUUCAAAGAAUAUGGAAGGUUGAAGGAACUAACAAAAACAUAUUUCCUUUUGCAAGCAUAACUAAUUAUUGUAGGUAUUCAUUACUUAUACAAGAUCAAAAUGGAUUAUUUUAUGAGCUAGUUCUUUCUUCAACCCAUUUUUUACCUCAGUUUUGGAAAGAAUUCAUUUUGCAAGCUGAGGGGAAAUGCUAUGAAUUUCAGAAUCUUUAUUCAGUUAACAGAUUGUGCUUGAAAAAGUACCCAAAGCUUUCCAGAGUGUUAGAGUCACUUUCACUACUACAAAAUGAUGGGAAAUGUUUAAAGCAGGAGAUUUAUCAUCAACUGGCAUUCAAUGAUUGUUCUGUUACUCCCAAAGCAAUCAGUGAAAAAGGAUUUCCUUCAUUCUGUUCUGUACCUUUGCAACUACUCUCUAGCCUUUUUGAAGAAAUGAAUACUCAGCGUUUUACCUUCAUUGGUAAAAUAAUAUUCCAGUUCCAGAAAACACUCUAUUUAUGUGAUGAUUCUAUUCCAAAAUCUGUGCAGCUUGAAUCCCUGUUUCCUCUUCCUUCUGAACCUUCACUUGUUGGCUCAUUAGUUCUCAUCAGAGAUGCCCAAUGUCUUGAAGGUUGUCUUUUUCUGGACAAUUAUAGUUCAUUUAUCCAAUUAUCAGAAGAUUCUCAAAUGGAUGAAAGUCUGAAACAGUCAUGUGGAAAAAGAUUUAAUCAGCUUACAAAUGUAAAUUUACAAAAUGUAAUUCCUUUUGAGCUAGAAAAUUCUACAUUUGUUUUCAUAACAGGAGAAGUUGUUGGUGUUGAUGAAAACAAUGCUAUUUCCUGGUUGCAAUGUAAUCUAUGUUUUAGUGAAAAGUUGGUGCAAGAUUCUAACUCGGUUAUAUACUGUGAAAAUUGUUUUCAUAUUGUGCCAAAGCCUGUUCUCAAUGUGAGAAUGUCUGUGAUUUGUCAACACUCCCCACAUGUGAGGGCAGAGGUUAAACUACUAUCAAGUACCAUUAAAAGAAUUCUGCAAAUUAAAGAUGAUAUUCAUCAACCCCAGUGCAAAAUUGGUGAUGUUCUUGGCAAGAAGAUUGGUCCUCUGUUUUGCUAUAUCAAGAAUUCCACAAUUGUUGGUGGUGUAAAGCAGUUCCAUGCAUUGGAAGUAGAAACAAGCUGAAAUACCAGUUCCUAACAUUCAUUUUAUAGCUGUUUCUAAUUAAUUUUUUUAUAUGUUUUUUUGUCCUAUUAUUUUAGAUUUCUGGAUAAUUUGCUAAU